AUGAAACAGGAUACCCAACCCGUCGUCGGCCGUGACACCUCUGGACUGAAAGCGCGAAAGUCAGAUGAAAGUCUCGAUGUAGCCGACGAUGCUCGCCUCGCAGAACUCGGAUACAAAAGCGAAUUCAAAAGAGAGUUCUCGUCCAUCGAGACGAUAGCGUUCUCCUUCUCUAUCAUGGCCGUCGUUAGCGGUAUUUCUUCGACGUUGUCCCUGAUUCUAGCUUCUGGCGGCCAUGUCGGUCUCGUGUGGGGAUGGGGUAUACCUGUUCCUUUUGUGAUGUGCGUUGCAGCAGUUAUGGCGGAGAUGGCCUCCUCGAUGCCGACGAGCGCAGGACUCUAUUAUUUCUCUGCCAAACUAGCUCCAGAACAAUAUGCUCCUUUGGCAAGCUGGAUCACCGGGUGGGCCAAUAUCACCGGGCAGGUCACGCUGGUCUGCUCCAUCGACUACACAUUAGCACAAAUGAUAACGACAGCUAUUGCUGUGGGUACCGAUGGCAGAGUAGUCUUGGGUCCUGGGCCGACUUAUGGAAUCUUGCUGGCCAUGUUGUUCCUACAUGGAAUGAUGUGCUCAGCGGCGACGAGGAUACUUGCACGGCUCAAUUUGUUCUUGGCUGUAAUCACGCUUGGCGCAACCAUAGCGGCGACAAUUCUUCUGCCUGUCUGCGCAGGAGAAAAUAGGGUCUCCACGAAGGUCGCUUUCACGUCCUACGAAAACUUCACUGGAUGGUCCAAUUCCGGCUGGGCGUUUCUUCUGGCCUUCACUGUCCCCAUGUGGCAAUUCACCGGCUAUGACUCUGCUGCGCACAUCUCAGAGGAAACAGCAGGGGCCGCGAAGGCCGCGCCGACAGCUAUCCUGCUCUCAGUGGCCUCCGUCGGAGCUCUCGGAUGGAUUCUGAACGUCGCCAUCUCGUUCUCCAUAGCAUCCGUGCCAGACUUGCUCUCGACUCCACUCGCGCUUUCGAUGGGCCAGCUCUACCUGGACAUCAUAGGCAAGAAGGGCAUGCUGGCUAUAUGGUGCAUCACUAUCACGGUGCAGUUCCUAUGUGGUGCUGCGCAAGGCGUAGAUGCAUCUCGCGUGGUCUUCGCGUUCGCGCGCGAUAAUGCCCUGCCCGGUUCACGUUGGUGGAAGAGGGUGAACCAUCACACACAGACGCCAGUGAACGCAGUCUGGCUCGUCAUGUUCCUCGCCGCGAUUUGUGGCCUGCUCGGCUUCUCCUCAGCAGCGCUGACCUCUCUGGCAAGUGCAUCCGUGAUCGGUUUGUACACUUCGUACGCCACCCCGAUAUUCCUCCGCAUCACAUCGGGACGACAUAGGCUUGUCCCUGGACCUUUCUCACUUGGGCGCUGGUCGACCCCGAUCGGGUCAAUAGCAGUGGCAUGGGUGACCUUCAUCAUCGUGCUUCUCUGUUUUCCGACAACGCAGACUCCGGUUGCAGCAAACAUGAAUUACGCCGUUCUGCUCAUCAUGGUCGUCUUCCUUUUCGCUUGUGGCUCGUGGGUCUUGUCGGCGCGGCAUUGGUUCCCUGGGCCCCUUCCAAACAUCGACGACAGCAGUACCACGGCUUCGUUCAGUGUUUAUGAGAAGGAGGUAAGAACAUGAUGAAUCGUCAGUGACAUGUCUUCCAGAGUCGUCAAACCCCGAGUACGAAUAGCUGGAUGUCGACUGACUACACGCAGAUUGAUAUACAUAUACCUUAUGUGCCAUGUUGUUCGGUAGAUGUUACUGUCAAAUCUUUGCUGUGAAUCUUCCAGCGUUCCCGCGAUACUUGUGAUCAGAUAAUUCUAUGCUCAGGUCCAAUAACAUAGAUGAGUAAUGUACAACAGAGCGCUUGACUUUCCUAUGACCGAUUUUUCAUACCCAUGUCCUUGAUGUUCUACAAUGCAAGGUCCCGCACGAAGUGGAAGAAAUCGACGGAAGACCCGUUGACGCCGUACUUGUAUAUCUGCAAGAAU